AUGCAAGAUGAGACAAUCCAAUGUUCUGGACUUAUCAAACAUUCUUACAUUAUGAGUGGACCCAGUGAAAGGACCAAGGAGGCUACUGUUGCUUCAGCAAAUUUUUUGCAAUUCUCUGCAGAAAAUUGUCAAGUGUCAAAUUCAAGUCCAUAUUUAAACUUAUCAAAAAAUAUCACUAAGAAGCCAUUGAUGAUACAAGCAAUGUUGCCUUUUGACAUUCUCCAAACUGUCUCUAUGGAAAAUAAGCAACAUGGAAAGGCAUACCGGUACAAUAAAAGAGUAAAAGCAAACUCAUGUGUCACACGGAUAAUGUAG